AGCAACUUCCAAAUAUGCAUAUACCAUCGUACGUAGCAACACAAAUAAACCGAAACCAAAUUAGGAAAGAGCGCGUUACAUAUUGAUCCUUGUAUCAAAAAAUAUUCAAGUUAUGCCCUGGAGUGAAGCUCAGAGGAAGCGGUUAGCCGCUGAAAAGACCGUACUGGAUCAUUACUUUCCCGGCUGCGUGAAGUGGAUCGAUCCAACUGGCGAUACGAAAGUGGAAGUGAGGUUGAACACAAACAACGACAACCAGUACACUCUCAGGGUUUACAUCGGUGAUUUUCCAAAUUCAGUCCCUGAUAUGGUCGUUGUGUCCUCGCCUAAUCCGAUGCCUGGUUGGGGCGGUAGUUACUCCAAUCACACUUUAACGAGAAGAGACGGGUAUUUGAGAAUCUGCCACUAUCACAAAAGUCAGUGGAGCGAUCGUUCGUCGCUGUAUGAAGUGGUUAUGAAAGGAAGAGUUUGGCUCGAAGCCUACGAAGGUCAUUUGAGAACAGGCCAGUCUAUGAGUUACUUCCUUCGGGAAAUGGGCAGUAGUGGAAGUUCGCCAUCUUCGCCAGAAAGUUCCGUGUCGAGACGACCCAGUGGAACAGAGAGUAGUUGUGUGUGUCAGUGAGAUGAAUCGUGAACAAUUUUAGGAGACUGCAGUGCAUUUGCGAGAGCCAACUGUUUUGCCUUCGAGGCAAAAUGUGCACAAAUAAUUUAAAGAUAGUAGCAUCAUCACAAUAUUCAUUUCAUUUAAAGAUAUUGUGGACUCGAAGCUGCAUACAAUAUAGAACAUUGAUAUCUAAAUAUGGUUAUACUAUGUAUAUAGUUGCGUUGACAACAAUGUCGAUUCCACAUGCAAUUGGGGUUAUAUCUUUGGUUUAGUUCGGGUUGCAUGGCAUGAAUAUCACUUAUUUUAUAUGUCUCGAGUCUAAAUUUAAAGACCUUAUCUUGAUUUCUCAUUUGAAAGUUCCAUUUAUUUAGUGCACAAAAAUGGUCUCAAUGAAUAAGUGGAAACAAAGUUAUUGAUAGAAGUUUAUAAAAGUGUCUGAAAUGUCCAAGGCAUUAUUAGUAAAACCCGCGUGGUCUUUAACUAACGAUAAGGCAAAAUAUUAUCAGCCCUCUUUGCAUCAACAGCAGAUCAAAGCGCUAACAUUUACUUUCACUACUUUAUACAGGAAACGGAUCCGGAUUCGUCGUAAAAAGUGGUGUUUUAUUGCAACUUGCUGUAACUCAGCUUCAGCUCAAAUUGUCCACCAUUCUAAUAAGUGUGCGCUCAAUUUUAUACUAGAUUUGGCUGAAGUUUUAAUGAGAGAGAACUCGGAAGCUAUAACUACAUAGAGAUCACCAUUUAGUUAUGACUACAGCACAAUAAAAUUUCGAGUUUCGACCUUCCACCAAAAAAGUGAUUUCUUUGUCAUGGGUACAUUUUAACGACUAGUCGACUAUUCGCAGAUAAAUUCUGAGUAAUAACUUCACGGAUUCCAAGAAUAACUGAGGUUCAAAAGUGAAAUUAAAGUGAAACUAAACAAAUACUUAUAAUUUUUAUGCGACAAUUUUGUUCAUAUAAAAUAUACUAAUGGAAUAAAUAUCUAGUGUAUUAUGAAAUAAAGUAAGGGCUUGUAAGGCAGGU